GGGCCGCCCUGCCCUGACCGGGGCCCGCGGUUCCCAGCGGCCUGCGCGGCGCUGAGCGCUGUCGUGGCUUUCUCGGGGUGAAUGAGCCGGGCGGCCGAGCUGCUGCUGGGCCGAGGCCGAGCCCCGCUUCCCUCAGGCGCUGCGGGCGCCGGAGUCGCUCCUAUCUUCCUCCUCCUCUUCCUCCCUCGGCAGCUCCAGGCUCAGCGAUGAGGCGCGCCGGGCUGGGUGAUGGAGCACCUGCUGCUAACUAUGGCUAUGCCAAGAGUGGAUACAGUGUUUAUGAAGAAGAAAAUGAGAGGUUAACUGAAAGUCUGCGUACGAAAGUCAGUGCCAUUAAAUCACUUUCCAUUGAAAUUGGAACUGAAGUUAAAAACCAAAACAAAAUGUUAUCAGAAAUGGAAAGUGAUUUUGAAUCUGCAGGUGGACUUCUAGGUGCAACCAUGGGCAGACUGAAAGCACUCUCUAGAGGAAGCCAGACAAAGCUAUUAGGCUACAUGAUGCUCUUUGCAUUUUUUGUGUUUUUUGUAUUAUACUGGGUUAUUAAAUUGAGGUGAUUUAUGUUACCUUUGGUUCAAAUUGUGUAAUUUCAGCUAUAAAACAGUCUUAAUUAAUGAAGACAUUGAUCUAAACCAACAUACUCUGUUGAUAAAACACAGUGAAAUCGUUGUGAAUUGCAUUAACUAUUAAUGCAAUGUUAUAUAGUUUGCCUACUGUAUCAGAAUCUCUCCCAUCAUUCCCUGUUUUGGGGGGACUAUUUGUAAAUAUGCAGAAACUGAGAGCAUCGUAAGUUGGUUUUUUAGGGCAAAAUAUUUUCUAAAUCAGUUUAAAAACUACAGAAAAAAUGGUUGUUCAGAUAUGAAGUAACUGCAGAAAUACAAGGCUUUUACUUUCAUUCUGCUUUUCAUUCUGAGCCAUGCUCUAAAUUAGAGCAUCAGCUUCAGGCAUAUAGGGAUUUCUAGGCUGCAGAAGCAUGAAAAGGUUGAUCUUUCGACAUUGAUUUUACCUGUGGACUUCUAAAAAUGCUGGCCUGAAGCUAACAAAUGUAAUAGGGGUACCCCCAACAAUUAUUUUUGUGCAUAGGUCUCCUGGUGUACAUGUUUAAGUAGCUUAAACUGUGUGUUUUGGGGAGAAGUUGCUUAAAACUGGAUGGAUUUUUUAUUUAAAUGUGACAAAUCAUGAUUACACAUCUGCUCUUUUAAGCAAAUGCCUUUGGUCAUUGGGAUCAACCAAUAUGGACACAGAAAAAUGUUUUCUUUAUAUUUAAAGUAUCUAAACAUAAUGAUUCUAUUGAAUCACUAAACCUCCAACUUUUUUGUUUACUGUGUUUACUUUUCAGUCUGUGAUGAACUCUUAAGUCUACACUGCAUGAUAUCUGAAAUAUGAGGACAGAUAUUUUGAAUCAUAUUAAAGUAUAUCAUGUUGGAGCUGCUGUCAUACUAAGAUUUUUUUAUUUGAAGACAGCUUUGGUUCAGCAGACAGUUUCUAAUAGUCAAAGCUAUUACAUUGCUGUGUUCAACAUUCAAAAAA